UGAGGCCGGGGUUCAAGAUACAUUCUUGACAUAUGAAGUGUACAAAGACGACAUCACCAUGCAACUGGUGGCUGCGGCCUGCAAGCUACUUGAUGUUAAACCAGAGGUGGUGUUGAGACAAUUUGGGGAAUACUUUUUUGACUUUUGUAAACGAUCUGGAUACGACCACAUGUUACGGACUCUGGGAGGGAACCUGUUCGAGUUUAUCGAGAAUCUGGAUGCACUGCACAGCUACCUCGCCCUUUCUUACAAGGAGAUGAACGCGCCAUCAUUUCGAGCGGAGAGGAACGGUGACGGCACGAUGUUUCUUCACUAUUACUCCGACCGCCGAGGCCUAUGCCAAAUUGUACCCGGUAUCAUUGAAGCUGUAGCAAAAGAUUUCUUCAACAGCGAGAUAACGAUGGAAAUCGUCAACCAAAUAGAGGAACUAGAGAGGACAGGAAAGAAGGAGCAUGUAGUAUUCCUUGUCACUCAGAAACCAACAUUUUCGAAUGUAAUGUGCAGUAACAAGCUCUCACAGACACCGCCAUGUUUGCCAAGAGGCCCCAGGCGCAACGCAAUGCACUGGAACCCAAACAAGGAGGACAUACAGAAAUCAUUGCAGAGGAAACUCCAAUCUCAGGGAUUUUCCAUGUGUCGGAACCACUGGGAGACUGUGAGGGGGUUGGUCCAGCUUGGGAAGGGCAAACUCUUGAGAGGAUUUGAGCCAGUCUACCCGAAGAACCUUUGCAUCGACCUGAAGACAUUUUGCAAUGCCUUUCCCUUCCAUAUAGUGUUCGACAAGGAGCUGAUGGUGAGACAGGCGGGGGUGAACGUCCAGAAGAUCGUCCCCGGGCUGCAGACCAUGAGCAUUCACCUGGAUCAGUACUUCAGUAUCGUCCACCCCGAGGUCACCUUCACCAUCUCCAGCAUCAGGAAGUUCAUCAACAGCCACUUUGUCCUGCAGACGCGACGGGACAUGAUGCCCGAGGCCUGGAGGGAUAGACCCAUGCUGGAGCUCAGAGGUCAGAUGUUGUGGAUGGAGUCUCUGCAGUGCAUGCUGUACCAGGCCUCCCCUUUGCUGCGGAGCCUCCACGAGCUGGAGGAGCGGAGCAUGCACAUCUCUGACAUCGCCCCUCACGACGUCACGCGGGACCUCAUCCUGCUCAACCAGCAGCGGCUGGCCGAGAUGGAGCUCUCCAACCAGCUGGAGAGGAAGAAGGAGGAGCUCCGACACCUGUCCCAGCAUCUGGAGGAGGAGAGGACCAAGACGGAGAACCUGCUGUACGCCAUGCUGCCCAAACAUGUGGCCAACCAGCUGAAGGAGGGGAAGAGAGUGGAAGCAGGAGAGUUCAAGGAGUGCACCAUCCUCUUCAGUGAUGUGGUCACCUUCACCAACAUCUGCUCGGAGUGUGAGCCCAUCCAGAUCGUCAACAUGCUUAACUCCAUGUACCUCAAGUUCGACCGGCUCACCACAGUACACACAGUUUACAAGGUGGAGACCAUAGGUGAUGCCUACAUGGUGGUAGGUGGCGUGCCCAUCCCAGUGUCCAGCCAUGCUGAGAGGGUGGCCAACUUCGCCCUGGGCAUGGUCAUAGCAGCUAGGGAGGUCAUCAACCCCAUCACAGGGGGGGCUAUCCAGAUCCGGGUGGGUGUACACAGCGGGCCAGUUCUAGCUGGUGUGGUGGGGGAGAAGAUGCCUCGGUACUGCCUGUUCGGAGACACAGUAAACACGGCGUCUCGCAUGGAGAGCCACGGCCUCCCCAACAAGAUCCACCUCAGCCCCAGUGUUUACCUGGUUCUGAAAGACAAGGGCUUCAUGAUCCAGGAGCGAGGGGAGAUCGAUGUGAAGGGGAAGGGCAGGAUGUCCACCUACUUCUUGGAAGGGAACCUGACCGCCACGGAGCACGAGAUCAUGGGCCGUUCAGUUAAGGAGGCCGACUCGGGCCGUGCGUCUGUACAGUCGGCACGGGACUGCAACACAGAGGCAGCCCUGUACAGACCGGCCAUCCAGAGGGUGCAGAGUGAGGACAGGAAUCCUGUAGUGCCCAUGGAGUAUGGAGACAGCCUGGCCGACCCGCCGCCCUCAGUCCAGCUCACUGAACCCCAGCCACAAGUCAGAGCCAAGAGCCUCAAAGUGGUGACACACGGGAGGUGUGUGUGUUUCACAGGAAAACCUCGGGACUCAGAGAGCUACAGCAGUCUCCACAGUGACAACAAGUCAGUGGAGGGAGGUCUCCCCAAACCAGACCACCAGCUGACCAGAGCAACCUUGUCCCAGAGUCCCACUCCCAUAGAGGCUGAGGCUCCUCAUUCCACCAAACACAUCCGGACCAGUUUCUGUGUGGUCCUCUGAGCUGUUGUAGUACUAUCCAGACUAGUCACUGUAGCCCCGUUUAUCCCUGUUGCUAACACAUAUGUCCUUGAUCCUGAUCUUGUCAUCAUUCUGAUUGUGGCCACAUUUUAGCCGUUGCUAUGAAAUAUUAAAAUGUGUCUCUUAUCCUUGUGACCAGAUUUCCUGGUACCUCCAAGUAUGCAAUACAAUAAUUUUAGGCACAUAUUGAUAAGUCAAUGGUGCCAACUAUCAAUGAUUUUAGAGGGAGGGAUAAUGAUGAUUUAACAAGUUUUACUGUCCAGAUCCGCCUAAGAUAUUCAGACACAAUGCUUCCCUAACUACCUCCAGAGGUUGUCAGGAACAUGAGAUCACAAUACAUAUUCUAAUCGUCUACACCUGUCUAAAAAGGUGGACACAAUUUGAAUGUGAACAAGAUCAGGCAAAGGACGCAUGUUAGCACCAGGUAUAAACUGAGCUUAAGUGACCCACCCACAACUGCUGGAAUAUAGGACAUUCAAUUAAAUUGGACUAUCUCUGCUGAUGAGCCUAUACUCUGAGACUACAGUGUUUUAUGAAUAUUGAAAUUACAGUGUCUAUGGUCAUCUUGAUAAUGUUUCAUUUUAUGUGAUCUCUCCCCCAGAGCCCUGCUAUCUAUGUGAUAUAUAGAAGUCAACUGUAACCAGACUUGUACCUCUGGUCCAGGGCACUAUGAACCAAGAUGGCGGAGCAGUAAGACGUGUUUGUUUCCUUCCCAUGUUUUUUUUUGUUUUUUUUUGUUUUAUACAUUUCAUUAUAUUUCAAUCUCUUUUUUCCAUUUUCAAAUUAAAUAUACCUUCUUGCAACCCGCCUCACCCAAUGUGGUACGGAUCUGCUACUUUUUAGACCUUAUAACUGGAACCUCCAUCAUCCCGACUAGCGUCUCUGGACGGUUCUGACUUGUCUGGCUAGACACCUAGGUAUUUAUCAUCAUUAUUAUAUUAUAUUGUCCACAUAUUCACAUUUAUAGUUGUCCACAUAUUCACAUACUCUCCUUCCAGACUCACAUUAAGCAUCUCCAAUCCAAAGUUAAAUCUAGAAUUGGAUUUCUAUUUCGCAACAAAGCCUUCUUCACUCAUGCUGCCAAACAUACCCUCGUAAAACUGACCAUCCUCCCGAUCCUUGACUUCGGCAAUGUCAUUUACAAAAUAGCCUCCAACACUCUACUCAGCAAAUUGGAAGCAGUCUAUCACAGUGCCAUCCGUUUUGUCACCAAAGCCCCAUAUACUACCCACCACUGCUACCUGUAUGCUCUCGUUGGCUGGUCCUCGCUACAUAUUCGUGGCCAAACCCAAUGGCUCCAGGUCAUCUAUAAGUCUUUGCUAUGUAAAGUGCUGCCUUAUCUCAGCUCACUGGUCACCAUAGCAACAACCACCCGUAGCAUGUGCUCCAGCAGGUAUAUUUCACUGGUCAUCCCCAAAGCCAACACCUACUUUGGCCGCCUUUCCUUCCAUUUCUCUGCUGCCAAUGACUGGAACGAAUUGCAAAAAUCACUGAAGUUGUAGACAUAUCACCCUCGCUAACUUUAAGCGUCAGCUGUCAAAGCAGUUUACCAAUCGCUGCAGCUGCUCACAGCCCAUCUGUAAAUAGCCCAUCCAACCAACUACCUACCUCAUCCCCAUAUUUGUUUAUGUUUUUCUGAUCUUUUGCACACCAGUAUUUCUACUUGCACAUCCUCAUCUGCACAUAUAUCACUCCAGUGUAAAUUGCUAAAUUGUAAUGACUUUGCCACUAUUGGCCUAUUUAUUGCCUUACCUCCUUACUUCAUUUGCACACACUGUAUACAGAUUUUUCUAUUGUGUUCUUGACUGUACUCUUGUUUAUCCCACGUGUAACUCUGUGUUGUUGUUUGUGUCACAUUGCUUUGCUUUAUCUUGGCCAGGUCACAGUUGUAAAUGAGAAC